AUGGCACCAAUCGCUCAGUAUACAGAGAGACCUGCCAGCGGGUCGAAGUCCCAGUUCCAGGCAGGUCACAAAAUUCCUAUCCAGCACCUGGAAAAGCCAGGAUUGCAGUCCGAUAUGGAUGACCCGAAGCCCUGCUCAACGCAUAUUCCAACUGAAGAUGGAGGCUAUCAGACUUAUAAGGCAGCUGGCAAGCUUGAAGGAAAGAGAGCCAUCAUUACUGGCGGAGACUCGGGCAUCGGACGGGCUACAGCAAUCCUUUUCGCCAUGGAAGGUGCAUCAAGUCUAAUCGUUUACCUGCCAUCGGAAGAAAGCGAUGCACAGGAAACUAAGAAGAGAGUCGAAGAGGCUGGACAGCAGUGUCAUCUGAUGGCAAUUGACAUCCGUAAGAAGGAGAAUUGCAAAAAGAUUGUUGACACGGCUCUUCAAAAGAUGGGUGGCGUGGAUAUUUUGGUCAAUAAUGCCGCAUUCCAAGAUAUGCUGAGCGAUAUCAGCGAACUAGACGAAGAGCAAUGGGAGAAAACUUUCGACACCAAUAUUCACUCAUUCUUUUACCUCUCAAAGUAUUCUUUGCCCCAUAUGAAGCAGGGAUCAACUAUUAUCAAUUGUUCCUCCGUAAAUCCGUAUAUCGGUCGUGGUGAUCUGUUGGAUUAUACAUCUACCAAGGGUGCGAUUGUUGCAUUCACCAGGGCUCUGUCCAACCAGCAAGUCAAGAAGGGAAUUCGGGUCAACUGUGUUUGCCCGGGUCCCAUCUGGACUCCAUUGAUUCCAUCCACCAUGCAGACAUCUGCAAUGGAGCAAUUCCAUUCUGUGCCCAUUGGUCGCCCUGGACAACCCAGUGAGGUCGGAACCUGCUUUGUCUUCCUAGCAAGCCAGGACAGUAGUUACAUUUCUGGACAGUGUCUCCAUCCUAACGGUGGCAUCAUGGUGAAUGGUUAA